CACAAGAAAAUAUAUAUUUCCAGCAAUCGUUUCGUAGCGACUUUCGUCAGGCGGUAUUUUAACUUCAGUAGAAAUAUGGAUUUAAAACCGGAUGAGGACCAAGAGGAGAUUUUGAAAAGACGCCUUCAGGCAAGAUAUCGUUUUCGGUCAUUGGGUAGAAAAGUUAUGGCGAACGCAAAGUGGCUGAACGAAAUUGAAGAUAGACAAAUCGGUACAAAUCCCCGACGAAAUAUAUCGAUAAUUGUACGACGUUCUGGAGUUAAAGGAAUAUUAACACUCAAGGACAAAACAAUUUUCAAUACACCCGAUCAAUAUCGAAACGAAAAAGACCGAGAGCACUUGAAAUCAACCGUAAACUCAUUAAAAUGUUUUCAAAUUAUUCCGCAAAAAUUCCAAGACUGUUUGGUGAAAUCAUGCAACUUUUCCUACUUCAAUUCGGGCAGACUGCUUACACGUGAAGGACAUUAUGCCAGUGCGAUUUAUUUUUUACUCGAUGGCGAGGUUACUGUCAGUAAACGGGUCUAUUCAAUUGGUGACGGUAAAUGGAUUGAUGAUGUACGAUAUGCUCUUGUACCUGGUGAUGUGUUCGGCCUUGAUGGAGUUAUUUUCGGUGAUAAGAGAACUGUAUCAUGUACAACUGCCAUCAACACCGAACUGCUGUACAUCUACAAAGACGAUUUGAGUGACGAAUUACGGAAAACUCUAACGUUGCAUUGGGACAAUAUUAAAACAGCUUUACGAAGAUUCAGUUAUUACUUUGCCCAUUUCGCAGAGCAACAAAUAACUGAAUGCUGUACGUUCUCCAAAAUAAAACAAUACAAUGUGGACGAUGUUAUAUACGAUGGUGGAGACGGUCAGCGUAACAACACAUUUCUUAUCAUCAGUGGUCAAUGUAUGAUAUUGCAGUGUAUAGAAAUACCGUACCAUCCGAAAACCAACAACCAGAAGCAUAAUAUUGUGAUGCGUGAUGUACGUAAACAUACAAAUAAUUCGAAAGUUUUACCUCAAAAACGUCUUGACCGAACUGAUGCCACAAGAAUGCCAUUGGGUCACGUUCGUUUCGAAGAUAGGCAAAAAUAUUCUAAUAAUUGGAAAUCCAUAGAAAACCACAGAAAUCUACAGGAAACGAAACAGGUGAUAUUCGUGGAUAUUGCUACAUUAAGCGCUGGAUCGAUAUUCUCGAUUGGCGAGGAUAUGGUCGAACGUUCGAUUGUGGCUAAAAAUAUUGUACAGUGUCUUGAGAUUCCAACGUUUUGGCUGCUAGAACGGGCCCAGAAUAUUGGUAAUAUUUGGAACAGAACCAAAAUUUUUUAUACGGUGACCAUUCCGGGACCAGAAGCUAUAUUGGAAGAUUAUAGAAGGUCGUGCAGAUGGAAUCGAUACAAAAAGGAAAUCAUCGAAAAGCUACUCGGCUGAUGACUUGGGCAUUCAUUUCCUUCCAUUGUUUCUAAGCAAUGAACAACAGAAUAACUUAACAAGACAUGUAUAUGGUGGAUGAAUAUCAUCGGAUUCGAGCAACAACAAAGAAAUAUUCAUUAGAUAACUCUAAAUUCACCUCAUUGUGUAUUUACGUGCACCAAAAUUUUCGUAAUUAAACUCAAUACAACUGGUACACUCAAUUUAGGAACAUAACACACUGCGAUAGAACAUCGAUAGAACAUAUAAAACGUGAUAGAAAUAAAUUUUUUUUCUUAGCAAAACGAAAAUCAUUCAAACUUGAAAUACGAGAUACAAACAGAUGACUUGCUCUUCGAAAAACCGAAUUUUAAUUUGACAGAAAAAAAAAUCCAACGGAUCGAAUUUUCUCAUCCGGCUUACACGGACGAGCUUAGUGAUUAGUAUACAUUUACGGUAAUAAAAAAAUCGCAUGCUAAAAUUUGUGUACGAAAUAUAUUUUUUGGCUAUAUAAC